UGUUCAGGGAUGGCAGACCCAACAAUUGCAAUCGCAAAUGACCGGCCAGAAUUUUGCCCACUCGCCUUACUAUCAGCAACCUAUGAAUGCCGUGAGCGUACCUUUAUCAUCGGUACUUCCUCAACCACUCAUUCCUUCCCCAACUGCUGCUGGUCAGCACAUGCAGAGAACAGGUUACGGAUCUGGUCUCCAGCGAUCGCAGACCAUGGGAUCUGGCAUUGCUUCCCAGCCCACUGGUGUUCGUAACUGGCAAACCGCAACACCCGAGAAUCCUUUUGGAUCUCCUUCUAUGUCUCCUUUGAGCCCACAGAUGACAGGCGUUCAGUUCUCCACACCUAAUCCUAACGCAUUUAAUUACAACCCAGUACAAUCUCCUCAGGCCAAUUACUUGCAGCCUCAAUUGACUGGGUUCCCUGUUCAGCAGCAACCACAGCAGACAGGAUUGUUUCCAAAUGCUUCUCCAGCACAUGUAUUCACACCAAAUGGUUCCAUGCAACAUGGUCAAUCGGGCUUUUCUCAACAGCCAAUGUACACUGGUAUGAAUCAACAACAGGGGCAAUUCGGUCGAGGCUGGUAAAACAAUAAUAAUUAAAAGCAAGACAAAGACGAUAUGUAUUUCGUGUGUGUGUAGUUUGUGCGUACUCUCCAUCUUUAAAUCCAAAUAAUACAUGAAUACAUAUAUAUGUUCCUUAUUUCAUUCAU